AUGAGUUGCCUCAGUUGGAAUUGCAGAGGAUUGGCCAGUCCUCGUGCUUUGAGAUUCCUGCGUGACUUGGCUAGGAGGAAGAAUCCUUCUUUUAUUUUCCUGUGUGAAACGAUGAUUAAUGAAGAUAGAAUCGUGGCUUUACGGAAUGCUAUGGGCUUUGAAAACUCGUUUGUGGUGGAUAGUGUGAGGAAAAAAGGUGGUUUGGCGUUCUUAUGGAAGUCGUGUUUUGAUGUUACAGUGUUAGGGUGGAGUAAUCACUAUGUGGAUCUUUGUAUCAACUCUGACCAAAGCUGGAGGUUGACAGGGUUUUAUGGUUGUCCGGAGAGGAGUCGUAGGAGAGAGUCGUGGGAUUUUUUGCAGAAUUUGAGCUUGGCUAGUUCUCUUCCGUGGUGCGUUCUUGGUGACUUCAAUGAUAUUCUGGCUUUCGAGGAGAAAAAAGGGGGAGUAGCGCAACCAAACUGGUUAGUGAAUGGUUUUCGUGAUACUGUUUCCAAUUGUGGUCUCGUCGAUAUUGGAGCUGCUGGUUAUAAGUAUACCUGGUCUCGGGGAAGGGGUGAUGGUCGUAGAGUGGAGGAAAGGCUGGACCGUGUUUUAUGUUCGAAUGAGUGGAUGGCUAUGUUUCCUGAAGCUAGGGUGAAUAAUCUUGAGCAGUCCACCUCAGAUCAUUUACCUAUCUUUCUAGCUAUUAUUCAGGAUGCAAGUGAUAGGUCGAAGCGGGUCUUCCGGUUUAAUAAUUCUUGGCUCAUUAAAAAAGAUUGUGCCGAGGUUGUUAAUUCAGCGUGGAGUGCAGGAGGGAAUAGAGAGUUGUCUGAAAAGCUGAUUAUGACUCGUGAUAGUCUCAAGAGCUGGAGUGGUGACAAAGGGCCUCAGUUCAAGAGUCGGCUUGAUAGAUUGAGGAGAAAUCUGAGUUUGCUACAGAAUAGAAGUGAUAGUGGUGGCUCUCGUCAAUAUGUAGAAGCAGCUAAGGAGUAUAAUGCAGUGUUAGGGGAAGAAGAAGUCCACUGGAAACAGCGGGCCAAAUGCUUUUGGCUUUCAGAAGGAGAUUCCAAUACUCGCUUUUUUCAUAAUUUUGCUAAUUCCAGGAGGCGUACAAACAGUAUUGAUAAAUUGCGAGAUGAAGAUGGAGUUUGGAAAUCGUCUAAGCAUGAAGUGGAAGGUAUCAUUUCAAGGUAUUUCGAGAACUUGUUUUCUGAUUCCAGUAGUUCUCCUAUAGUGCUUGAUGUGGUGGUGCCGUGUGUUUCUAAUGACGACAAUGAAGGCCUGUUGUGCGCUAUUUUGGGAUAG